AUGUUAAGAAUUAACAGAAUUUCUAACUUACGUACUUUUGGUCAACGUUUCUUCUCAACUGAACAACAAGAUGUUGUUGUUAUUGGUGGUGGACCAGGUGGUUAUGUUGCAGGUAUUAAAGCAGGUCAAUUAGGUAUGAAAGUUACAGUUGUAGAGAAAAGAGGUAAAUUAGGAGGAACAUGUUUAAAUGUUGGUUGUAUUCCAUCAAAAGCAUUAUUGAAUGCAUCACAUCUUUAUGAAGAAGCCACCACUAAAAUGUCCAAAUAUGGUGUCAAAUGUUCAGGUGUUGAAUUAGAUUUGGGAGCAAUGAUGCAAUACAAAGAUAAAUCAGUCAGUGGCUUAACAUCAGGUAUUGAAGGUUUAUUCAAAAAGAACAAAGUAAAAUAUGAUAAAGGUUUCGGUAAAAUCACUGGCCCAAACACUGUCGAAGUUACAUUAAAUGACGGUUCCGUUAAAACUAUCGAAACCAAAAAUAUUGUCAUUGCAACCGGUUCAGAGGUUACAUCACUUCCAAAUGUUAACAUCGAUGAAGAGUCUAUCAUCUCUUCAACCGGUGCCUUAGCUCUUAAGAGUGUUCCAAAGAAAUUGAUCGUCAUUGGUGGUGGUGUCAUUGGUUUAGAAUUAGGUUCAGUUUGGAGUCGUUUAGGUUCUGAAACCACUGUUGUCGAGUUUACAAAUAGAAUCGCUGCUGGUGCCGAUGGUGAAGUCGCAAAGAAAUUCCAAAAAUCAUUAGAGAAACAACACAUGAAAUUCCAUCUCGAAACUAAAGUUACCUCUGUCGUUAAAAAAUCUGAUGGUAAGGUUACUGUAACCGUUGAACAAGUUGGUGCUGGUGGUUUCACUGGUACUCUCGAAGCUGAUGCUGUCCUUGUCUCUGUUGGUCGUCGUCCAAAUACUAGUGGUCUUGGUCUUGAAUCAGUUGGUAUCCCAACCGAUAAAGCUGGUCGUGUCGAAGUUGGAGAUCACUUUAACACUAAAGUUCCAUCAAUUUUCGCAAUUGGUGAUGCCAUCCGUGGUCCAAUGCUUGCUCACAAAGCUGAAGAAGAAGGUAUUGCUAUCAUUGAACAAAUUCACAAUGGUGGUGGUCAUGUUAACUAUGGUGCCAUCCCAUCCAUUAUCUACACUCACCCAGAAGUUGCUUGGGUUGGUAAGACUGAAGAAGAAUUACAAAAAGAAGGUAUCCAAUACAAUAUUGGUAGAUUCCCAUUCGUUGCAAACUCUAGAGCCAAAACAAACGAUGAUGUCGAAGGUUUCGUUAAAUUCCUCGCCGCUAAAGAUUCUGAUAGAGUCCUUGGUGCUCAUAUUAUGGGUACCAAUGCUGGUGAAUUAAUUGGUGAAUGUGUUUUAGCUAUGGAAUAUGGUGCCUCAUGUGAAGAUAUUGCAAGAACUUGUCAUGGUCAUCCAACUUUAUCCGAAGCUGUUAAAGAAGCUGCUAUGGAUGCUUACGAUAAGCCAAUCCAUAUGUAA